AUGGCUACCCCUAGUGUCCUAGCUUUUGACGCUGAGGGUCGCGCCAUUGAUUUUGAGGUCUGGUUAGACGACCUGCAGCUGUUCUUACAGUGCGACAGGGCUGACGACCUUUCUCUCUUUGACCUCACCUCUGGCGCCUCUCCUGCCCCUGCUGCUGAUGCUGAUCCCGCUGUCCGCUCUAAGUGGGCCACCCGCGAUGCUGCUGCACGUCUUGCUGUGCGUCGCCACCUCCCUACCCCUGAGCGUGCGCACUUUAGUCAGUACAAGAGUGCUCAGACCUUGUACGACGCUGUAGUUGCGCGCUACUCCUCCCCUGCCACUGCUGCACUGAGCCGUCUCAUGCUUCCCUACCUCUUUCCUGACCUCUCUGCCUUUCCCACUGUCGCUGACCUCAUUACGCACCUCCGCACUAGUGACACUCGCUACCGCGCCGCCCUUCCUGCUGAGUUCUGCGCUAAGAACCCCCCCCCCAUGUACAUCGCUCUCUACUACGUAGUCGCACGCCUCCCUGACUCCCUUCGCGUCCGGAGAAGAGCAUAG